AUGCUUCAGUACAGAGCAAAGGGUCUGCAGGAACACGAUGAUAAGGAGCGGGUGUACUACAACAAUGCAGUGGAGGACCUUGGGAAUUUCUAUGAUCCCCGUUUUCUUUUGCCUCUGUUCAGCACCAUUCUGCAGCCAGAGUGUGUGAUUGACUGCCUCAAGUUUGUAUCCAGUCAUGCCCUGGGACUAACUGUAAUGGCUCUAAGUAGCUACGACACAAAAGUGAGAGCGGCAGCGUAUCAUGUGCUUAGCUGCUUCUACCACCACCUGGAGGGUGCUCGCUUCAGAGAGAAGAGACAGUUGCUGUACCUGAUGGACACAGUGAGGAAUGGGGUCCGACAGCAGAAUCAAAGACUCCCAUUUGUCUUGACCACCUACAUCGCCAAAGUGGCUCAGCAGAUGCUCAAACCUGAGGACCACAUGUACGUGGUUUUGAACAGGUUCCUGCUGUCCCAUCAGAGUUUGGACUUCAGAAGAGUCCCAGAGUUCUUCAAGCUAUUUUAUGGCUUUGACUUGGAGCAUAAGAUGGAACGUGAGUGGAUCCUGAGUGUGCUGGAGGAAGGGAUAAGUGAUGGACACAGCUAUGAACUGUGUGAACAACAAGGCAUCUUUCAGACCCUUUUAGCUUUCAGCAGCAGCCCCCUGUGUGAUGAACACUCCCAGGCACAGAUAAUCAGGGUGUUGUGCCAGGCCGCCCGUGUGACCAGAGCAGCUUAUAACCUCACCAAGAGCUCUGGGCUGCUAACCUGGAUAAUACAGUUGGUUGAAAAAAAGAAUCUGGACCAGCAGCUGCUUGGUGCCAUCAUAGAUUUGCUCCAUGUGCUCUGGUUUACUAACCUCGGGCAGAAGGAGAAGCAGGUGGAUGAAGCCAAGACCUCUUCAUCUACAGAGGAGAAACCCAAGAGCUCAGUAAAGUGUCUCCCACUCCCCCUCAUCACUGAAUUCCUGUCUGUGGCAUUAACCAUCAGCAGACACCUCAGGUAAAGCUCCCUAACCACCAGAAAUGAAUGGUCGUGGUAGGCAAUCACAGUGACAGUGUUAAUGUGAUUUAACUACAUUUUUAAGUCAUUCAUUUGACUUAUACCUUAAUAAUACAUCUAAAUCAGGGGUCCCCAACCCCCGGUCCACGGAGGUGUUACUGCCGGGCCGCGAAAUAGCUGUGAUUUUA